AUGUUCAUGGGUGUGAUGUUCAUGGGUGUGAUGUUCAUGGGUGUGAUGUUCAUGGGUGUGAUGUUCAUGGGUGUGAUGUUCAUGGGUGUGAUGAUCAUGGGUGUGAUGUUCAUGGGUGUGAUGAUCAUGGGUGUGAUGUUCAUGGGUGUGAUGAUCCUGGGUGUGAUGUUCAUGGGUGUGAUGUUCAUGGGUGUGAUGUUCAUGGGUGUGAUGUUCAUGGGUGUGAUGUUCAUGGGUGUGAUGUUCAUGGGUGUGAUGUUCAUGGGUGUGAUGUUCAUGGGUGUGAUGAUCAUGGGUGUGAUGUUCAUGGGUGUGAUGAUCAUGGGUGUGAUGUUCAUGGGUGUGAUGAUCAUGGGUGUGAUGUUCAUGGGUGUGAUGUUCAUGGGUGUGAUGAUCAUGGGUGUGAUGUUCAUGGGUGGGAUGUUCAUGGGUGUGAUGUUCAUGGGUGUGAUGAUCAUGGGUGUGAUGUUCAUGGGUGUGAUGUUCAUGGGUGUGAUGUUCAUGGGUGUGAUGUUCAUGGGUGUGAUGUUCAUGGGUGUGAUGUUCAUGGGUGUGAUGUUCAUGGGUGUGAUGUUCAUGGGUGUGAUGUUCAUGGGUGUGAUGUUCAUGGGUGUGAUGUUCAUGGGUGUGAUGUUCAUGGGUGUGAUGUUCAUGGGUGUGAUGAUCAUGGGUGUGAUUUUCAUGGGUGUGAUGUUCAUGGGUGUGAUGUUCAUGGGUGUGAUGUUCAUGGGUGUGAUGUUCAUGGGUGUGAUGAUCAUGGGUGUGAUGUUCAUGGGUGUGAUGUUCAUGGGUGUGAUGUUCAUGGGUGUGCUGUUCAUGGGUGUGAUGUUCAUGGGUGUGAUGAUCAUGGGUGUGAUGUUCAUGGGUGUGAUGUUCAUGGGUGUGAUGUUCAUGGGUGUGAUGUUCAUGGGUGUGAUGUUCAUGGGUGUGAUGAUCAUGGGUGUGAUGUUCAUGGGUGUGAUGUUCAUGGGUGUGAUGAUCAUGGGUGUGAUGUUCAUGGGUGGGAUGUUCAUGGGUGUGAUGUUCAUGGGUGUGAUGAUCAUGGGUGUGAUGUUCAUGGGUGUGAUGUUCAUGGGUGUGAUGUUCAUGGGUGUGAUGUUCAUGGGUGUGAUGUUCAUGGGUGUGAUGUUCAUGGGUGUGAUGUUCAUGGGUGUGAUGUUCAUGGGUGUGAUGUUCAUGGGUGUGAUGUUCAUGGGUGUGAUGUUCAUGGGUGUGAUGUUCAUGGGUGUGAGGGAACGUGGUGAGGGAAGGGAAGGCUGCCCAACUUCCUGCGCUGGGCGCUGCAGUACGGCACAGAGCUGGAAAACACGGUUCCUGUACGGAGCACUGUACAGAGCACUGCAACCAGCAGUCAGCCUCCUUCCCUUUCAGUCACUACGCGCUCGCUAUCCUCUCUCCCCCAGCUAUCAAGCCAUCAAUGCAGCAUCAGACAGUGAGGAGGAGGAGGGGUACAGCGGCAGCGCCCCUCGCCCCUCCUGGCCCACAUCAGGAGCAGUGCAGGUGGAGCAGCUGACAGUGUGGUAUGGCCGCACCGGGCGCCCAGUGCUGCGAAGCUUGAGCUUUCGGGUGGGGCGAACAGGUGCAGGCAAAUCCACCCUCAUGCUUGCUCUGAUGCGGUUGGUGGAAGCUUCUUCAGGGAGCAUUCACAUUGAUGAUGUGGACAUUGCAUCGCUGGCCCUCGCCACCCUGCGAAGCAAGGUGGUGGCCAUUCCUCAAGAGCCGGUUCUCUUCAGCCAGUCACUGCGAUUCAACCUUGAUCCCUUGGGCCAGCACAGUGACGAGGCGCUGUCGUCGGUGCUGGCAACGGUGCGCCUAAAGCCGCUGGUGGCGGGGCUGCUGGGCGGGCUGGAUGGUGCCCUGGCUCAGGGCGGUGGGAGCCUCUCCCUGGGGCAGCGGCAGUUGCUCUGCCUCGCAAGGGCGUUACUCGCUUCAACACGGGUCUUGCUGAUGGAUGAAGCGACAGCGAGCAUGGAUGGGGAGAGUGGUGCACUAAUAAAAAACAUCUUGCGGGAGUCAUUCAAGUGUAGCACUGUCAUCACCAUCGCACACCGGCUCUCAACAGUUGUUGAUUAUGAUCAGGCAAGUCUUCUUGAGACCUUCCAGGCGGGACACCACACCGUGCAGCACUCGCUUCCUGUUCAGCCGGAACUGCACCGCUGUUACCUUCUCAUCCAACACUGGCAGCAGCACUGCACACCUGCACCGCACUCCCAUCACUGUCAUCCUCUCUCCUCCAAACCUCCCUCCUCUCGACUUCCCUCCUGUCAACCUCCCUCCAGCCAGCCUCCUCUCCCCAUCUCCACCAUUUCCUCUCCGCCACUCCUCACAACCGCUCUCAACCUCCUUUUCCUCCUUUCUCCUCCUCUGCUUCUCGUUGCCCCUCCAUUCUACCUCCUCACUCUCCUUUCCUCCCUCUCCCUCUGCCUCUUCCAUCCUUCCCUCUCCUCUCCCAUCCUCCUCUCUCCCAUCUCUCUUCAAGCCGCUCUUACAACGCUCCAACUCCCUCAGGAUCGCUUCAUCCUCUUCCAUGCUCCUCGGCAUCUGCUGCAGCCGCGCCUGCGCUAG